AAGCUUACUAGAACACUAUAAGACACUAACUACGGACGAAAACCAGAGCUUUCACCUGCUGUGAGCUGAUAUUCAUUCAUUUAUACAGUUCCAUCGUGUUCUAAUUGGUAGUUUGCCUUUUUCACCGAAGUUUUUCCGUAACUAUUGCAUUUUUCCAUCACUAUGUUAGCCAUUAGAAGGCAAUUGGUAAGUAGCCAAUCUAAAGGGAUACUUACCAGAUCUAGAUAUAUUUCUCGGUACAAUUCUUCAGUAGCGACCGGCAAUGUUGGUUCUACUGUCAAUACGUUCAAAACUGCCGUAGAAACAGCCGAAAAGCUCGUCCAACCUCCGUCAUCUAAGAUCUUUAAUGAUCCAUUUUCCAUAGUUAGUCAUGAAAUGUCUAACUUAGCCAAGUCAAUUGCUAGUUUAAUUGGAUCAGGACAUCCUACUUUAAAUCGAGUUAGUUCAUACUAUUUUGAAGCAGAAGGUAAAAAUGUUAGACCAUUAAUUGUAUUAUUAUUAUCUAAAGCAUUAUCCAAUAUUCCAUUAGAUCAAAGAAAUAGAAUUAAAAUCGAUACUUAUGAUGUUACUGAUCAACCUCAUUAUCAAGGUACCCCUACUGCUACUUCAGUAGCUGGUAAAUCUGUUGAUGAUUCUAUAUCUCCGUUGGCUAUUUUACAUGGUAUUAAUCCUCGAGUUAUCUUAGAUCCAUUAUCUAAACCAAUGGAUAAAUUACCCUCGUUUGAUGCUGUUAAUGGAAUUUUACCUAAACAACGUCGAUUGGCUGAAAUUGUAGAAAUGAUUCAUACUGCUUCAUUAUUACAUGAUGAUGUCAUUGAUUUAAGUGAUUCAAGAAGAGGUAGACCCAGUGGGAAUAUUGCAUUUACUAAUAAAAUGGCAGUUUUAGCAGGGGAUUUCCUUUUAGGUAGAGCUUCUGUAGCCAUUGCUAGAUUAAGAAAUCCAGAAGUAAUUGAAUUAUUAUCAACUACCAUUGCUAAUUUAGUAGAAGGAGAAUUCAUGCAAUUAAAGAAUACAGUUAUGAAGAAUGAAGAUACAAACAUUAUAGAUAAUGAUGGAGAAUCCAAAUCCAUACCGACUCCUACUGGUAAAGUUCCUACUGAACAACAUGAAUAUUCAAUUACACCACCUCAACAAGUUGAUCAUAUUACUAAUGUUGAUGCAGCAUUUGAAUACUAUUUGCAUAAGACUUACUUAAAGACUGCAUCACUUAUGUCAAAAUCAUCUCGAGCAGCUGCUGUAUUAAGUGGAUCUCAAGAUGAUAUAAUUGAGAAAUGUUAUGAGUUUGGUCGUAAUUUAGGAUUAUGUUUCCAAAUAGUCGAUGAUCUCUUGGAUUAUACAUCGAGUGAUGCUACAUUUGGUAAACCUAGUCAAGCCGAUUUAAAAUUAGGAUUGGCUACUGCACCAAUAUUAUUUGCUUGGAAAGAAGAUCCAACACUUGGAGAGCUUAUUGGUCGUAAAUUCAAUCAACCAGGAGAUGUCGAAAUUGCUCGUAAUGCCGUGCAAAAGUAUAAAGGAUUAGAGAAGACUAAAGAAAUGGCUGAACAGUACUGUUAUAAAGCUUUAGAUAAUUUACGAGUAUUACCGGAAUCAGAUGCUCGUAGUGCACUUGAAUUCCUCACUAAUUCCAUUUUAACUAGAACUAAAUAAGUAAAUUCCAAAAAGUUUAACUAUAGAUUUAGAUUUUGUAUAUAGAAUAUUUAUUAUUACAGUAAUUUUAUACCACGGACCGGAAUUAUAAUUGCAAUAUGGCUCGGUAAAAUGCUUAUAUUUGUAUGUUGAAUGCGUAACUGAUUCUUUAUUUGCCAGGAUGGACAAUGUCAUACAAAUUUCUAUUAAAUUCAUCAAUAACUUUGUAAUAGCGCAUAACUAGAACUUUACGAACACCAGUG